ACUGCGGGCCUGCACCGAACCGGCACCGCCGCCGGCACCGCGCGGGGUACGCAACGGCCCCCCCCUCCCCGCCCCCCCGAUGGGCCCCGCCGGCAGCCGCUGGCCGCUGGCCGGCACCGUGCUGAUGACCGUGGCCGCUUCGCUGGUGGCGGGGGGCGAGGACUGCCUGUGGUACGUGGACAGGAACGGCUCGUGGCACCCCGGCUUCGACUGCGAGGCCUUCUCGUUCUGCUGUGGCUCGUGUCACCAGCGGUACUGCUGCUAUGACCCCCUGCGCCUCCUGACGGAGCGCCAGCAGCGCCACUGCCUCGCCUUCAGCCCUAAGACCAUCGCGGGCAUCGCCUCGGCCGUGGUGCUCUUCAUCGCCAUCGUCACCACCAUCGUCUGCUGCUUCAUGUGCUCCUGCUGUUAUCUGUACCAGCGAAGACAGCACCUCCGCACCCCCCUGCAAGGACCUGAGAUCCCACUGACCAGCUAUCCUGCACCCCCACCUGCCCCCUUCCCUGUGGACCCCAAAGCCGGACCUGUGCCCCCCCAGCCUGGCUUCACCCCCAUGGCCAUGUACCCGCCCACCGGCCCUGCCGCCCAGUACCCGCUGUACCCCUCGGGACCCCCAGUCUACAACCCCACAGCACCACCACCCUACGUCCCCGCACAGCCCAGCUAUCCCGGUGCCUGAGCCCCCCUGGGGACCCCUCUCCCAAUGGGGACACCCGUAGGGGACACAGUGUGGGGGGGUACCCGCUGUCCCCGCCCCGGGGCCGUGAUUCUGCCCUGUGAUGCUCAUGGAAAUCUCUGCCCCCCGCCCCCCCCAGGCCAUUGUGGGGACAAGCAGCACAGAGUGCCUUUUGUCCCCACCCCACACACUGGGCCCAUUGUGGGUGCUCACGGGGGGAGGCCAUGCAUGAGGGUGGGGGCAGUGAGGCCGGGGGUCCCCCUGCCCUCCGGCACCGGGGGGGCACCGUGGUCCAAAUGGGCAGCAUUAAAGUGUGUGUCCCCCCGC